AUGGAGCUUAAGGAAGUCCGUAGUGUCAUUAGAAAAUUACGUAGACUAUUUACUAAUUAUCGUGUAAAUUAUGAAGAGAUCAAAAAAUUGGCGGAGUCAAACCCAACUUCCAAAAUUAUUCCUCACGAUCUAUCGACCUUGAAUAGCGGCAAACCAUCCGGUAUUCACUUGGAUAAGGGUGCCUGCUUUCUGCUUCCCCCUCAAUAUCAGGCCGAGUUUGAAUGUUUAAAGGCAAAGGAAGAUGGAAAUUGCUUAUUUAAUAGUGUCUCUAUCAUAUUGAUGGGAACUGAAGAUUUAUCAACCCAUCUCCGCUUAGCCGUUCUAUGUGAAUUGAUCAAAUACUCGAAGCAUUACCUUUCGCUCGACGAAUUUAAGAAAGCAAUCACCUAUUCCGACAAAGCGCUCGACGAAGGAGAUUCUGCACCACCGGAAAUGAAACAUGAAGUCAGAUAUUUCGCGCAAAUCAGGGAGAUGUGUGAUAUUGGGGCUUGGUGUACCUUGUUGGCGAUAUAUGGAUUAUCUUCGGUGUUGGAAAGACCAAUUAACUCAAUAUUUCCUCCGGUCAGGAAUUCCCUGUAUGAAGAAACGUUUUCUCGAAGGAUAGAACCCAGAAUAUUAAAGAAUAAGGGUGAAAUUAAAAUUCUAUGGACUAACGUUAGUGUGAUAGACGCAAAAACUGCUUCUGUCUUUCUGGACGAGUUAGCCCCUUCAUGUAAUCAUUUCGUCCCUGUCUUCCCGAAGGAGGCAACAGGUAUUCAGAUCUAUACAAAGAAACGAAUAAAGCUUAUUAAUACAAGAAUCAGCAUGACAAGUAUCGAUCACGUACCACAAAACCAACUUCGAUCCUUGGCUUUAGGCAAUCCUCCUUUGAACUUGAAUAAUAACGAGACGUGCAGGAACAAAUAA